UCCAGCGCUGCCAUGGUUACUUCCCCAGAAUCGUGAGUUCAGUCUCCUGCGACACCACACAGUUCUAGCCACAGGGGCAAGAGAUUGCCCAGUCGAACGCCGUGCGGUCUCUGCACCGUGAUGAAUCUCGGGCACCUGCAGUGGCCUUGUCUGCUGCUAACGUCCUUCGCUUCUUUUCGUCUCGUCCCCUCGUCCUGCGUCCGCAAGCCAAAGGCGAGCACCGUGAACAAUGUGGGCCAGACCUGCAGUGAGUCUCCUGCUGCUGGUUUUCCAACCCGCGAUUUUGGGGAAUGUCCUCCUGUCCCCUCACUCUUAUGCACCCAAAGAUGUCUUGUUCCUGGGCUCUUCAAGUCGUUUCCAAGCCCAGUCAAUACUCUCCCACUUAUGCCCGCUUUUCUUGCCGCCUUCCGGCAAUGUGCCCCCUUUCAAAAUCCCGGUAACGCGAGCACGCGCGAAGGAAGCCUUGGGAAUCGACGAUCGGUCGACAAGCGGCAGGUAUGAAGGUUCGGUAUGGUUGGAAGAUGAGGGGCGAGGCUCCGUCCGAAGAGGUUGGCAUCCGUUGCAUCCGCUGCUCCCGUUUGCCCAGUAAGCCGGAGGUUUUGCCCGGUAGCUGUUCGUCUUCCACUAGAAGGCGGAAGGCGGCCUUGGCUGCUUGAGGUUUAGAGAUACGGGGGAAACUCAGCACUCGACAAAUAUGUGCCGGGCCUUUAUUCAGCCUGUAACUUCCUGUCGCCCUCUCGUCAUGGGCUUGGUUGUCCAACUGUCGCCGCCGUGGGGGUGGUGACGAUAAAGGCCGAUAAGAUAUGGAGGGCCUGUUGUUGGAGUGGAGGUAGGGUUCUAGCACACCCCAAAGCGUCGCAAUGUGGAAGAUGUGUAGCUUGAGGAUAUCAAAAGCAGAGGGGAGCGGAAAAGGAGAGAGAGAAUGGAGCGAGCAUGGGCCGUCUCGGGAUG